UCCUUAUUUGAAAUUCAUGUAUCCUUUUUUGCUGAGGGUUGGUUCCCUUAUAAGAUUUUGGUGAGCGAGAGAGUGAGCCCAUCUCCAAAGAAGGGAUCCAAAGCAAAAAUAUCCUGAAUAUCUGUAACUUCUUAUGAGUGAGUAAUCAAGAUUAAAAUGCAUGGUGGGAGAGUUUUUCCAUGCCUACUAGUUCUAUUAAGAAUGCUGGGAGGUUAAAAGUAAUGUCAGUACAUUCAGUUCUCUUGUUGACAGUCAAGGGUCACUGUCAGAAAUGAGAGGUAUACUCCGUAGAGACUUGUCUAGCAAGCAAAAUGAAGGAAAUCUGCUGAGCUUUGUGAGGUUUUCUUCCCUUUAUAAGAAUAGGUGAGAGAGCUCUAAAAGGGUGGGUAGACAUACAUCUGGGAAUUAAUGUGUGAUGCUGGUAAACCAAGUGCCAGGCCAUAGAGAUUAACUAAGAACCGACAAAUUCAUAGCUGGAACCAAACCAGCUCACUGUAUGUUAGUUUUGUUCAAAAUAGAUAUUAGUCUUAUAAGAGUGUAUUUAGCAUUUAGUCUCUAUGAAAUGCUUUUAAGUUGCUGCAUGCACUUGUAAUGCUGUAAUCCACGCUAUAAGGAAAUAUGUAAGUUUUGCUUUAUAACUUGGAAAAUGUUUGCCUAUCAAGAUUAAACAAGCCAUUAAUGAACAUUGUGACACAAAGGAUUGGUGAUUGUCCCUAUCACACCUUGGAAAUGCUAUGUUCAUCUCACAGACCUGAAGACUAAAUGUAAAAGAUAAAACGGAGAGUCACAAGAGAAUUUUUCAUCUCUUUGCUGCUUGAACUCUCACAGGGCCAGAGACUCUAAACUGAGGCAGGAGUUCCAGGAGGUUUAUCCCUCGGUUUGCCCUGAAAGAGACAUCUUGAAUUGACAGAUCAUUACCACUUGUCUCCCUUAGGAUUUAGAUUGCAACUCAUUUGUGUGUGUAUAUGUUGGCUUGCUUUAACCUAUAAAUAACUCUUAUUUCUUUUUCCUAGUUAAUAAAUCUUUAGUUAGUUUAUUACAGAAUUGGCUACAUGCGUUGUCUUUGUGUAAGAUCUAGGAUACCAAUUGAUCUGGGGUAAGUGACUGAUCUUUUGGGACUGGAAGCAACCUGAAUAUUUUUUGAUUUUUGGUGUAAGUGACCAUUUCCCAACUUGCCUGGGUGGUAAGAUAGACUGCAGAGCCUAGUGGGACUAUGUUAUACUCCAUGGUAAGGCUGUUAUAGUGAUCCAGGAGUUCACAUUUGUUACUGGGUUGGUGAAGUCUAAGUAUAGAACACACCACCAGUUUGAGAUGUCUGCCCAGUUUUUUACAGUCUGUCCUGAAGUUGACGCUUGCGGUCGUGAGUCACUCCAGACAGCGUGACAAUUGGUGUAGUCUUGGCAGGAUUCACAUUCCACCGGUCAAUUGGGUUUAUAGCUCAUAACCCCACUGCUAUUAAAAGUUUAAAUUUUAUAUUGAGUAUUUAAGUAUUUAAAGAUUAGUCACAAUGAGUGAAUCACACUCAGAUGAGGAUCUUGAAACAAACAACAUUGAAAAAUUAUGCAAAAAAUAGGGGAAUAUCCCCAAAAGAAAGCCUCAGAUCAAGAACUGAGAGCUGCACUCAUAGACUUUGACUAAGGAGCAGGGUCUGAGCACCCGCCUAUUCCAGAUGCCACAGAGACUGCUGCAGUGGAACUGGUUCAACUGAAGCACCAGGCAGCCCAGGAAGAAUGUGAGCACCAGGUACUGAUGGUGGAACUCCAGAUCAAGGAGAAGGAAGAAACUGGGGAGGUGGAGGAGAGAGCCUAUGAAAGAUGCAAAACCAAUGCUGAAAUUGGGGAGGAAGCUCACCGCAGAUGCAUGGAACAACUACAAGCUAAGGAGAGAGCACAUCAGAAGCAGAUGGAAGCCCACACCUUGCAGCUCAAAGUACUGGAGCAACAAAAGCAGCAGCCUCAGCCACAGGAAGAUACAAAAGUUUUAUAUGGCUCACAUCUGACAACAUGCACCAUCAGUGGCUGCUGUUAGCUGCAUGCUUUUGGGUGAUAUUCAUGUUCAUGGUUGCUAGCAAGUUCAUCACACUGACUUUUAAAGACCCAGAUGUAUAUGGUGUCAAGCAAGAGCCAUUAAUGCUGACAGCUAUGACAAAAGUUGAAAAGAUACAAGUGCCAGAGGAGAAAUGUUUGCCUGAAGAAUUCCAGCCGACUGGAAAAGUUUUUUCUGAAGAUCCGAUGCACCAAUCCCUGGUCCAUGUGAAAAGGAUUGAGCUUCUCAGGAAUGUGUGCAGAGAUGCAGCGUUGAGAAAUCUCUCUCAUACUACUGUUUCCAAGUUUGUCUUGGACCGAAUAUUUGUUUGUGACAAGCACAAGAUCCUAUUCUGUCAGACUCCAAAAGUGGGCAACACUCAAUGGAAAAAAGUCUUGAUUGUUUUAAAUGGAGCAUUUUCUUCCAUAGAAGAGAUCCCAGAGAACAUUGUACAUGACCAUGAGAAGAACGGACUUCCACGCUUAUCCUCCUUCAGUGACUCUGAAAUUCAAAAACGACUGAAUUUAUACUUCAAGUUUUUUAUUGUAAGAGAUCCAUUUGAAAGACUUAUUUCUGCAUUUAAGGACAAGUUUGUCCACAAUCCUCGAUUUGAACCUUGGUACAGGCAUGAAAUUGCUCCUGGCAUUAUUCGGAAAUACAGGAAGAAUCGCACAGAGACCAAGGGGCUGCAGUUUGAGGACUUUGUGCGCUAUCUGGGGGACCCUAACCACCGAUGGCUAGAUGUUCAGUUCGGUGAUCACAUAAUUCAUUGGGUAACAUACGUGGAACUUUGUGCCCCAUGUGAAAUAACUUAUAGUGUGAUUGGACACCAUGAAACCCUGGAGGAUGAUGCUCCAUAUAUCUUGAAAGAAGCAGGAAUAGACCAUCUGGUAUCAUAUCCCACAAUUCCACCAGGAAUAACGGUAUACAACAAAACAAAGGUAGAGCGUUAUUUCUCAGGAAUUAGCAAGAGAGAUAUAAGACGCCUAUAUGCUCGCUUUGAAGGAGACUUUAAACUCUUUGGAUAUCGGGAACCAGAUUUUUUGCUAAACUGAUGCCUAGAAACUGUGAAGACAUGUCUAUCAGAUUAAACUAAAGCAUAUGAAUACCAGCUGAAGCACUGACAGAACUGGGAUUGACAGUAAUGUACCACUGUUUUCUAGUUUUUUGAUGUUGCUCCAUUUUUCAGUGGAAUAGUUGUCACACGAACAAUUAGGGGUUCCUAACUGUUAGCCACUGACCAUGUUUUCAACAUAUGACAUUGCAAUCUUCUAUUGUGAAUUAAAUUUGUCUCAUCCAACAUGUAUACUGUACUUAUCCCCUCUUCCCAAGGAAAAAGAGGAAGAAACCAAUAGACUAUAAAAGAACAUCAAAUAGAAUGCAAUGUAAAAUGUUGUAAAGCAUUUCCUAAAGAUACCAGUUUUGUGAAAUGCAAGGGGACCUGAUGCUUAUAAAAAGAAAUGUGGAGUUUCUCACGGGCUAUGAAAACUAGAGGCGGACAUAGGACCAAAAACCGAUGAUGCGCUAGACAAGCAAAAGACAUCCAGAGUCUGCUCUGUGACUUCUAUAAUCGUUGUGCUGAGCUAAUGCCGUUUUUUGUGAUACACAUAAAAUGAGUCUAACUUGACAGAAGCUUCAGUCCUAUCCAAAAAGGGCAGAUUCCAGAGGCCAUUUGUUUUUAUUUUGUGUCAUGGUGUUAUCUGUACUUACUACUGGUCUAUCAGGCCACAUAAUGGUUCAUUUUUUAAUUGUUAACUUCCAAGUUUGUAUGUUGUCUGAAAACUUGAGGUGGAGCAUAGAUCCCAACAAGAAACUCGGAAGGACUGUUGGGGAGACUUUGAGGAAAACUAAUUAAAAAGUAAAGAUGAAUUGUAUUUGCAAGAGCAAAUAUAGAAGCCAAGACCCGCUUUCUAAAUAGUGUGCAUUUUAACGUUGUUUAUUUUCUAAUGUUUCAGGCUGUUACAAAUAUUAAAUAAGCCAUGAGAACAAGAAAGCAUAUGAACAUAAAAGUUGCCAUAAUUAUUUGGACCAAUAGUCCAGCCACUCCAGUAUCCUGCUUCCAGCAGUGAUCAGUACCUGAUGCUUCAGAGAAAAACAAAUCCCCUCCCAAAAUGUACCUCCCCAAUUCUAAAUGGGUAGAUUCAUUCUUGACUCUUCCCGGUGGUCAGUUGGCAUAAUGCCCUAAAUCAAAGCUGCCCAAACUUUAUGCCAUCAGCUUUGGCAACUUGCCAGGAGUUCAAGAGCUACACUUGUGUAUACAUUUUUAAAUCAAAAUUAAAUUAACACAACCAUAGUAUUUGCCUGUGCGUGCACUGUUCCUGUUUGAUUACGAGAAGUCUUUUUUUGUUUUUUAGUUCACCAGCAAUAAAAACCGGUGGUUGAUCAGCUUUGCCCCCACCCUGCAGUAAGUGGCAGAGGGAAGACCACAGCUGCAUUUUAGGAUUCGCAGAGUCAUUUUUGGCAUCUCUCUCCUAAAGGAUGAAUUUUGAAUAUAAUAGUGUCUCAGCUUCCAUGGCUAGAAUCAUUAAUGAUGGCCAUAAAGUCAUGGAGUCUUUCGUUCUAAAUCCAGCGACAGUAUUUGUCUGGAUAGCCUCCUGUGGCAGGGCAAAGGAAGUAGCUUACACCUGUGAACUUAAAAAAGGAAAACCAGUGCCAAAUCGGACAUGGGCUGCUGUCCUCAAAAAAGGAAGUCCUUUAGUAGCUGGAUGUGAUUCCAGAAGCAUAUUGACAGACUGGUCUAAGGGAGAAUUGUUACUGGGCGUUGUUCACAAAAGAACAGUCUAAGGUGGCAAAGCUUGAAGUGCUCUCGUUUUUCUUGAAAAAGCAGCAGUUACAAUGUCUUAGACUUGUUACUUCUUAACUGAUAAUUAAAGGAUGUAACAGCUCAGUUAUUUUUAUAUGAAGUCAUAGAAAAGUAUAUUGUUAAAUGCAUUUCAGAGCUAAUGAGCUGAUUGAUUACCUCUCUAUUGAAUUAAAAUGUAACAAUGUGAAUAAUGUAUAGUGAAUUAAGGCCUUAAAGUUUAGUCCUAAUAAAGGUGAAGUCGAAUUUUUCUCUCUCAAGCAAAAGAUACUGAUCACAUAACUGUGUCUGGUUUUAUUCUUCUAAGCACAGUGUUUGGUACUAGAUGCAGUGACCUACUAAGUUCAAUUAAAUUUCUAUUCUGUGCCCUUUUUCUAAUGGUUCCAUACUACUAGCUCUGUGCUCCUACACGUUACAGUCUGGAAUUGGAAUGCUCAUUACCUUUUUCUCAAUUUGUAAGUGAAAUAUACUAAAACAAUAUUCCUCUGAGCUACUUUUUCUUUGUGGAAAUCUUCAUUCUUUUGUGGUUAAUAGCAUUUCAGGAAUAAUUGUGGAUGAAUAUUAUAGAAACUACUUAACGCUCAGGUCAUGUCUAUGCUAGAAAGUUAGGUCAACACAACGUAUGUUGGCGUAAAGUCACCUCAGAGAGUAUAAUGAAAGUUUCAUUGACAUCUCUUAGGAGAAUUCAUUGGUAUAAGAGAGGAGGAGGACCAGGCUAAAAUGAGAGGACCAGGCUUAAGAAGGAGGACUAGGCUAAAAUGGUGAAAACCACGCAGGAGGAAGAGAGGAGAGGCGGACGAAUGGAAGAGUGGAGCAAGAAAGCCCACAACAUGGGGAGCAGUGGCCAACAUAGGGUGCACACGGAACCCAUGAGGCAAGGUGCGGGCCUUCCACCCCAGCUCUUUUGAGAUUUGUCAUAAGAACUGCCAUACUG